GACCCUUUUUUCGCCCCUGCACCAGCACCACACCCUACGGUUUUCAGGAAAGGAGGUUACAGCGGAUUAAAUCACAACGAGCAUCCGGGGCCAGAACAAUUCAUUAUUCCCGAGAAGCACCUGUCAUCUCCUGCAGUGCUGCGUCAGUCAACUUUGGAUUAGGACGCACAAUUUGUUUGCUUUUUCUCAGGACACCCAAGUUUGCUCAUCAUUCAAAUACCUGACCACCGUCGUGUUUUCCUUGGAGGACUUGUCCCUAGUUGGCGAAUGAUCAUCGCUCAUCAAGUUACAGCAAGAGUCCAAUGAGUUUAUUUUCGAGCGAAUCCUUUGCCGAGGGCGAGUCGAAUCAGCCAUAUAGCGCCGCUUCCCUACCGUCCUCACCGAUGUCUGUGUCCAAUUUCGACGGUGAACACGCAGUUGACUCGGUGGACUCGAAUACAGAGCCAGUGGCAUCAUCCUCGACAUCUUCGCACCAAAAGGAGCAGCUACUCAAAAUCUUGAACGACCCAUCAUCCAAUGCCCAGAUUCGACUCACGUAUAAUGUCGCUCAGGAGAUGAACGCGAGAAAGCUUUGGAGGUUCUACCUGACAAAGGAGGAGCACGCGAUCUUCGAGACCGCCCUUACAAAUCUCGACAGCUGGCAGAGCUUUAUCUCUCUUGACAGCAAUUUCGGGUCGUUUCUCGAGGAGACCAAGCGGGCGCAAGAGCACGAAAAGCAAGAUUACUCUCCUCAAGAUUAUCCUUCAGAACCUGUGCAGCCGGACUCAAUACCCAACAUGGAAACUACAGAAGCAGCUGAUGCGAGCGACACUAGCAUGGAGGCCGUCGGGGACCGAGUGUCGGACAUUGUCAAGACGGAGGCUGUCGAUCAGGACCAGUUCUCGGAUUUGGCAUCAGCAUCUAUCAACAAAGAAGACCUACUUCCAACCCAGAGCUUAUCAGAGAUAUUAACACCGCCAGUUUCGACUCCGAACGGGUACCUACGCUCUCAUCAUACCCCUAAUUAUCACGACAGAUCGCCUUCCCCAAGAAUAAGCGUAGUUUCUCAGCCAUCCAAUGAUGCUUCCAAAUCUGACGCGUCCUCGACCGAGUUAUCUAUUGAAUCCCCAGAAUCCCAUUCGAUCCCAGUAUCUAUCCCUACCACUGCCUUCCGUUCACGCGUAAUGGUAUUUGAGCAGCUGCUUCCCAAGUUGUAUCCAGGUCACCGAGGAUGCUGUCAUCCAACAAUCGACAUUUCGAACCUAGAGAAAAAGGAUGUCUUGAAAUAUAGCAAAGCCGACGAUAACAUGAGCAGUUCGAGCGAGACAGCUGGUGGUAUAAAGUCCCGUCGGAGGGUUCCUGAGGAUGACGAUUACGAUGAGGACAUGGACCAGGACCCGAAGAAUGAAAAGUCCAAUGAGCCGAACACGAGCGCGGCCUUGGAGCAACCCAAAGACAAACAUGACACAGGGUCAGAAGAAAACGAGGCACCACUCAGACUUCCUAUUCACCAUCUAUACUAUACACUGGAAUAUGACAUGGAUGCGAUGAUCGAGCAGCAGCAGUUGGAGGAGGCGGACAAAAAUAUCCAACAAGAGCAGGAGAGCCAGGCAGGAAGCGGUCUUGCUGACAAUAUGCUGACGCAGCUCGGAGCUGGAAGUCUCAGCAUGAAAUACUUGCUCGGCGCGAUCGAGUCCAAUCGUGCGGCUACAGGUCUCACCGAUCGCGAGCUGAGGACUUUGUUGUCGGAUGUUCGGCCCAAUCGAUCCAAGUGGGCAAAUGAGGACAAGGUCGGACAGGAGGAGCUCUAUGAGGGCUGCGAGCGCGUCCUGAUGGAGCUUCGCAAUUACACGGAGCACUCGACGCCUUUCCUGAACAAGGUCAACAAGCGCGAGGCACCAGACUAUUUCCAGGUCAUCAAGCAUCCAAUGGAUCUAGGAACAGUGCUCAAGAAACUCAAGGCGUUCGCAUAUCAGAGUAAGACCCAGUUCGCCAACGACCUUUAUCUUAUCUACUCAAAUUGCCUACUGUACAACUCCGACCCUAGUAGUGUUUACCGGAAACACGCCAUCGCCAUGAAGAAAAGAACGCAGCAGCUACUGGAGACUGUUCAGGACGUCGUCAUUCGCGAUAGGGCUGAGGUUGAGGCUGAAGCAGAAGAGAGCGACGAGGAUACGGAGAAUCAGGUUACCCGCCCCAAUGAGUCGGCAAAAGGACUCGGACGGAAGGAGCAAACGUCGUCUAAAACGGUGCACAAAACGAACGGCGAUAUAACCAAGAACGCCAAGGAUCAUCCUCCUCCUCAGCGUGGCGCUACUGCUGUCCCAUUCGGGUCCGAAACCCCCAAGACAGCUAUGGAUCUGGAUGCGAUGGCCAACUCCACGCCGACGCGUGAGGCUAGCAGGGAACCCUCGACCAUGGAUUCAAUAGAGAUGCCCCUGCCUGGCAGCUCGACAGAGAGGACAGGAGGUCUCGGCCGAAGCGGGACACCUAACGGACUGGCGGUGAACUCCCCAGCACGGUAUCGUGGCAUGUCGAGGGCCUCAGUCCCCGUCGAAAUCGAUCUGGAGCAGGAGGAGAGAGACGUUGCCGCAGAGCUGUAUGCUGACCGAGGGGACGUCCUGUUCGAGGAAUGGAAGGAGAAGACGAAGAAGGCGCGCGCCAAGAUUUGCUCUACGCGGGAACACCAACAGCAUUUACCAUUCGAGGACCAGCUUGCAAUCGAGAGAUCACCUUGGGAAAUGAAGAAGUCAAGAGAUAUCGACCUAGCACACGACAGUGUUUUUGAUACGAUGAGCCGUAGGAGGCGGAGGAAAAAGAAGACGAUACUUGGGUUCAACGCUGACAAAGAUGGCUCCUCCGCGGCCGCCACUGCCGAAGAGUCGGACCCGUAUGAAGAUAUUUAUGGCGACAGCGACAGCGAGGAGGAUGAGGAAAAUGAGGAGGACUAUGUCCGCGAUUUGUUCGCUCCACCAAAACCUAAGGAGGAUAUUCUGCAAAAGAAGAAAAAGCUGGGUGGGCUCUUCCUUCCAGAGUACUCGCUCCGGUCGGGAUUACCAGAGAUCUCGGGACAUGGUCACGAGCGGUUGGACGAUCCUGAGGUGGCGCGCCAGUUGUUUGACGAGUCUCAGAUCUCCAUGCAUGAGGGGAAACAGCCCUCGUUAUCCUUAUACCCCUCCGCCUUAGCGGCACCAGGACAACUGACGGCUGGUAUUGAGCGCAAUAUCGAGGAGUUACGCAAGAUCCGACAUAUAUAUGCAAAGAUUUUUGCUGCCAGGGCAACCAACCCUGAUAUGAGCCAGUUCGAGGAGGCACCAGAACCAACGCCCAUACUGCCUCAUGAGGGCCCCUUGCCGCCUCUAGUUAUGAAUAGUGCUACGGGACAUGCGAUGCUUUCUCGAGUGGCAUCAAAACUCCUGGCUCACGCAGGAUUCCAAGGAGCUCAGGCAUCUGCGCUGGCCGUAAUGACUGAUAUCACUGUCGAUUUCUUUCUGAACCUUGGCAGAGCACUGAGAGGAUACACAGAUCUGUACAACAAGGGCAUGACAGCAGAGGUAAAGGCAGCUCUCAAAAGUGCAAGCAUGGACAGAUUGAUGGUCCACUUGGUGUGACUAUUCACAUUAGCCGAGCUAAUUCCCUUUAUUGUUUUGCAUAGGAAAUUCUUUUGCAUACCCUGUACGAAAACGGAGUCGGCAGUGUGGGAGAGCUGGAGGGAUAUAUCCGCGAAGAUGUCGAGCG